AUGAACCGCUAUGGAAAGAUUGAAGAUGUCUGGAACAUGGUGGCACCAGAGGACGUUGGAUUUCUUCACCACAGCAGAAACAGCAAUAGAGAUGCAGACAACAUCCAGGAGAUAGAUGAUGCCCAAGAUACAAGUGACUGGGGAGAGAGCUGCUGGCAUGGAAGUGAGCUGGGUUUGUCCGUGGGAACUGUGAGUAAGGUUGCCAUCACGAAAGCCAAAGUGGAUUUCUCCGGUGUGGUGUGCCUGCCCCCUUCCGUCAUUGCUGGAAAUGGGCUGGACGGAGGAGGGGCUGGCGAAAAUGAUGAUGAGCCGGUGCUGGUGUCACUUUCGGCGGCCCCCAGCCCUCAGAGCGAAGCUGUUGCCAAUGAGCUGCAGGAGCUCUCCUUGCAGCCCGAGCUGACCAUCAACCUCCAUCAUGGCCGAAACCCCAACCUUCCUCCACUCAGUGAAAGGAAGAAUGUGCUGCAGUUGAAGCUCCAGCAGCGACGCACACGGGAGGAGCUGGUGAGCCAAGGGAUCAUGCCGCCUCUGAAAAGUCCAGCUGCAUUUCAUGAACAAAGAAGGAGUUUGGAGCGGGCCAGGACAGAGGACUAUCUGAAACGGAAAAUCAGGUCCCGGCCAGAGAGAUCAGAGCUGGUUAGGAUGCACAUUCUGGAAGAGACCUCAGCUGAACCCUCCUUGCAGGCUAAGCAGCUGAAGCUAAAGAGAGCCAGGCUGGCAGACGACCUCAAUGAGAAGAUAGCGCAGAGGCCAGGUCCCAUGGAGCUGGUGGAGAAGAACAUCUUACCUGUGGAAUCAAGCCUGAAGGAAGCCAUUAUAGUUGGACAGGUGAACUACCCAAAGGUUGCAGACAAUUCCUCCUUUGAUGAGGACAGCAGUGAUGCCCUCUCCCCAGAACAGCCAGCCAGCCAUGAGUCCCAGGGGUCUGUCCCAUCGCCGAUGGACUCCCGGAUUUGUGAGCCUCUCCCUAGCACCACUGGCACAUCACUAGCUCAGGGUACAUCCCAAUUGCAGAUUAGCGCAGACUCCAGUGAAACACUUUUCCUACCUGAACAGCCACCCCCGCCUCUGCCACCUCCACCUCUUCUGCCUCCUAGUCUUACCAAUGGAGUGGCUCUUACUGCUGCCAAGCCCCCACCAACACUCAUUAAGCAAAGCCAGCCCAAGUCUGCUAGUGAGAAGUCUCAGCGCAGUAAAAAAGCCAAGGAGUUGAAGCCGAAAGUCAAGAAGCUUAAAUAUCAUCAGUAUAUUCCCCCGGACCAAAAGCAGGACAAGGGAGCUCCUCCCAUGGAUUCAUCCUAUGCCAAAAUACUGCAGCAGCAGCAGCUCUUUCUCCAGCUUCAGAUCCUCAACCAGCAGCAGCAGCAGCACUACAACUAUCAGACCAUCCUGCCAGCUCCACCAAAGCCUCCAGGAGAGCAGCAGAGUGGUGCCAGUGCCCCUGCUGUACGCAAUCUCUCUGCCACAGUCAGCAGCGCGUCUUCAGUAUCCUCUGGUUCCAGUGGGCUGAUGCGACAAAACAGUAAUGCUGCAGUGGGCAAGCCUGGCCCUCUCCCUGCCAACCUAGAUGAGAUGAAGGUAGCAGAGCUGAAGCAAGAGCUGAAGUUGAGGGCCUUGCCUGUCUCGGGCACAAAGACGGACCUGAUUGAGCGCCUCAGAGCUUACCAAGAGCAGAAUGGUGCAGCCGGCCAAACAACCCCCACUCCCAAGCCCAGCACAGCAGCCAUCCUCCCAAAAGCUGCCGAAGUGGUGGUAGCCUUCCCAGCUGCCAGGCUGAGCACAGGGCCAGCCCUGGUCACCACUGGCAUUGCACCAGCAGAAGUAGUUGUGGCCACAGUCACCGGUGGUGGCAUGAUGAAGUUUGGCAGCACAGGCUCGACUCCUCCUGUUUCUCCAACUCCUUCUGAGCGCUCGCAAAUGAGCACAGGGGACGAGAACUCGGCCACCGGAGACACCUUUGGAGAGAUGGUGACUUCACCCCUGACCCAGCUCACCUUGCAGGCAUCUCCAGUGCAGUUCCUGGUGAAGGAAGAAAGCUCCAAGUCUGCCUCCUGCAGCGUAAACGCGGCAGCCAGGUCGGAGCGGUGCAGCACUGGUAACAGCAGAGAUGCAGAAGUUAGGGACAAAGACCAGAUGCUGCAAGAGAAGGACAAGCAGAUCGAGGAACUCACCCGCAUGCUGAAGCAGAAGCAGCAGCUGGUUGAGAUGCUUAGACUACAGCUAGAGCAGGAGAAGCGCUCUCAGCAGUCACUACCGGCCCCAGCGGCUGCGGGAGAAGGGACAGCCCUUGCCUCCAACCCAGUAGCAUUUGGCACACAGGUCAAGAGUGAAAAUGGUUUCCUGAGUUGCCAGUCUGCAAAGCAAUCCAGCGGCCAAACAGACCAAUUCAGCCCUGCACCAACCGCUAGCCAAAUGGACACUUCGAAUCCAAGUCCAGUGCCAAAGAAAGCCGUGAUGGUGAAGCAGGAGGUGCCAGCCGCGGAAGCAGAGCCACCGUGCCAGUCCCACAGCCCGCGGCUUUUCCUUGGCCAGCAAGGGAGCGCCCUGAGCGACCUCAUCAAGGGCACCCCUCCCCCUACCCUCAUCACCGACUCCACAGGGACCCACAUCGUCCUCACCGUGACCAAGCAGAGCGUCGAGAGGCAGGGCCUCUCGCCCCACGGGAAGGCAGGGAGUAGCUGCCCGGCCUUGCAGAGAGUACAAUCAUCACCCGCUAAAACUUCCAGCCAACCGCUGUGUCAGCUACCUGCAAGCACCCCUCAGCAGCCCACGCAGCAGCAGAAGCAGCAGCCCACGCAGCAGCAGAAGCAGCAGAAGCAGCAGCAGCAGCAGUCCAGAGGACUAAGCCAAUCUGUCAGAAAGUCCUCAUCACAGCCUGGCUCUCCUGCUGCCCCUUCCCCAUCCCAGAUGGACCUGGAGCAGCAACAGCACACGUCGCUUUUUGGAACUCCUCCACCUCCUCUCCCUGUUCCCUCGGUCCCAAUGAAAGAGCCACCAGGCUAUGAAGAGGCCAUGAAGCAACAGCCAAAGGCCCAGGAGAACGGCUGUUCCAGCCAGCAGAUGGAUGACCUGUUUGACAUUCUCAUCGAAAGUGGAGAGAUUUCGGCUGACUUCAAGGAUCAGUCGUCCCCAGCUGGGAAGGAACCACCCGUGGCCCCAGCCUGCUCCUCACCGCCCAGCAGCCACCAUUCCUCAGAGCUGGCGGUGCCAGUGUCCUUGGGGCAGCCGGUGCCCGUGGGCCGGCUGGAGGACUUCCUGGAGAGCAGCACCGGCCUCCCGCUGCUGACGGCAGGCCACGAUGGGCCGGAGCCCCUGUCCCUGAUUGAUGACCUCCACAGUGAGAUGCUGAGCAGCUCGGCCAUCCUGGACCACCCGCCUUCACCUAUGGACACCUCGGAAUUGCACUUUGCUCACGAGCCGUCCGGGGGCAUAGCCCUGGAUCUGGCUGAGGCUGUGUCAGCGGUACGCAGACUUCUCAAAAACCAUGAAUGGACUCAGAUACCAACAGAGGUCUUUCUACCUACCUGGAAAAAACUGAGCUCAGCUCUGUUGCAGACACCUACAGAAGAAGGGGCCAGUGCAGCUCUCAGAGCACUGACGUAA